CCUCAAUUUGUUACAUUGUUAUGGUGGGGAAAGAAAUUGACUGUUUAUUUGAAAUAAAAUCAUGUUAUUUUCAAAAUUUCCGAGUAAAUUUGGUCUAACCAUCAAUUAUUGGGAAUCUUACAAACAAAUUCACUCGAUUUUGCAGUUAAUUGGUAAUAUCAAUUUAGUACAAAUAUGUGAUUGUCCUUUCCUUAACUUAUAACGGUCAAUCUUAUUGUUAUCUAAAUCAACUAUUUUUUAAUUGAAAAUGUCUACAUCAACAAGAAAUCGUAGUUGUGUUUCUAUAAGACUGAUAAAUGUCAAUUGGAGUAUCGUACGAUCGACCUUGUACACAUAAUGGUUACUGGUCGAGUGUAUUUACAGAACUAACAUGUAAUCUGUCAUUUUUAUUGAUCAACGAAACAAAUUCAUUCGAUUAAAUGGUCCAAGUAAACUUUACUUGGAGUUUAACCUGAUUCGCAGUAGCAAAGUCCCACACCAUGUUUACUCUAUGGAAAUUCUUGACUUAAAUAAAUUAAAUUGAGCAAAUUUAUUUACUCUUUGCUUUAUUUUAAGUAUUUUUGAAACUUACUCGAUGUAAUUUUAGAAAUUCGUCCGAUAAUUCUUAUAAAAAAUAAAUCUAUUAAUAAACUUCAUUGGGUAGCUGUAAUUCUACAUUAUCAUACGAAACAAACCUAAAUCUUUCAAAUGCGAUCAGUACAACUAAUUUUAUGCUAAAAUCUUCAAUAUACAAACCUAAAAUCAGCAGCUUAGCAAAUAUUAUAGACCAAGAAGUUAAAAAUCAAGAGGAAAUAUAUAACCCAAAAACUGCCGAACGAAGGGGGAAAAAAAGGAGAAGGUAAAAAACUGUGCGUCCAUAGUUUACUCAAAUCACGCACGGACUCUAUAAACUCUUCAUUCAUCCACACACAGACAGUCUCUCUUCUCCCGUCUCAUCGCUUCCGAUCGCAAUCCAUUGGCACUGUCUCUCCAAUCUCUUCUGUCCAUCACAGUCGCCGGCCGGAAGCAAUCAUGAAUGAUGCCGAUGUCCCCAAGCAGAUCCAGCAGAUGUGCCGAUUCAUUCGGCAAGAAGCCGAAGAGAAGGCCAACGAGAUCUCCGUCUCUGCCGAAGAGGAAUUCAACAUCGAGAAGUUGCAGCUGUUAGAAGCGGAGAAGAAGAAGAUCAGGCAGGAGUAUGAGCGUAAGGAGAAGCAAGUCGAUGUUCGUAAAAAAAUUGAGUACUCAAUGCAGCUUAAUGCUUCCCGGAUCAAAGUUCUUCAGGCCCAAGAUGAUGUGGUCAAUUCCAUGAAAGAGUCAGCAGCUAAGGAUCUUCUGAAUGUGAGCGGUGAUGAUUAUAAGUACAAGAAGCUUCUGCAGGAUCUCAUAGUUCAGAGCUUGCUUAGACUGAAGGAACCUGCUGUCUUGCUGCGUUGCCGUGAGGCGGACGUCAAUCUGGUAGAAUCUGUCUUGGAAUCCGCCAAAGAGGAAUAUGCUGAAAAGGCACAGGUUCAUGCACCAGAAAUUCUGUUGGACCAUCAAAUCUAUCUGCCACCUGCUCCUAGCCACCACAAUGUUCAUGCUCUUUCUUGCUCUGGAGGUGUGGUCCUAGCGUCCCGAGAUGGGAAGAUCGUGUUUGAGAAUACCCUCGAUGCACGUCUGGAUGUUGUGUUCCGUCAGAAGCUCCCCGUGAUCCGCAAGUUACUCUUCAGCCAGGUUGCUGCUUGAUGUCCGUGAUUGUAUAAUUGUUUUCACGUAUUAUGAAUUGCCACCUCUUAUGUCCAGAAACUCGAUGGUUUUGUAGAACAUAUCACCGAUUGUUUGGGGUUGUGUAUUUGUUUUCGUGUUUGCCAAAUAACUUGCUAUUCGUAGAGAAUUCUGUUGUUUUCGUUAGUGUAUGCAAUAAUAAACAGAACGAAAAAAAUGUUUGUGGAAUUCAAGUGGUGACUUUUGUGAUUGAUCCUUUUUGCAUUUGGUGUAUGCCUAAUGUCUGUGUACACUCAAUUGCUUUUCAUGCUGAACAAAGAUUUUCUAUGUGAAAAGGAACGUAGUUAUUCCAUCAAACAAUUGUUUUUUUCUUGGAAGCUCCAAGAAGAAGCUGCUUUUGUUAAAACCGCAAUCCACAUAACAAGUCUAAUGUGAUACAAAUUGAUGUUCAAAUUAAUCGUAAAACAAGCUAGUCCCUUGAUCUGGCACUCUAUUUAGAGCCUGUCCUUGAUCCAUCUUUUUCCCCAUUCAACAAAAUGUUCCCACAGCUAACUAUAAAAAUUCUUUUGUCACCUUAAUGUAAAAAAUCUCACUCGAUUUCUUAAUAAAGUUAUGUCUCCAAGAGAUUGCUUCAAUGGAUUUGAUUGCUCAAGUUGGAUGAAAUUUGUUUACAACUACGCCCAUAAUAAACUUUCUUACGUUUUAGGUAGUUAUGCUAAUUCGAUUUCGCUCUGUCGGGUAUUACUCGGCUUGAUCCAUACUGAGUGAUUAAUAUCCGACUACUUGGGGCGAGCAUGUGUACUAUUUGUUGAGGAUAUUAAUUAUUUAGUCAAAAAUAAUUAAUUCCUUGUCCUCAAAAUCCCUUGUUUCCUUGUCCUUGUCAAAGAAGGAAACUUGGUUGUCAUUAGGGUUUUAACCCUACGUCUAUAUAAGCUUAGCUACGAGAUUGUCGUAAGCAAGCCGUCAAGAUGUAAUCCUAAUAAGAGAUCAGUCGUGAGCUCUUAUGAGCUCACCGUGGAUUAGUCUCGAUCAAUCAAUCGAUCAAGGAUACCACGUAAAAUCCUUUGUUUCGUGUGUUCGUUUAAAUUCCGCAUCAUCAAAUAACAGAAUUUUUUUCAAUAAUACAUAACAAUGAUUGGCCUAUCUGUCCGUACUCGCGCUGAUAUUACUCAAUCCUACUUAAUUCAGACGAGUAUGUACUAAAAUACCUGCCCGCCCCAUUGCCAUCAUUAAUUUUAGGGCAUCCUUAGACAGAGUCACUCACCCAUAUGAAAUUUUUAGUUAUUUAUAACCAAGGACCCAUAUGGAAAUUUCUUUUUUUAUAAUCAAUCACUCAUAUCAUAUGGAAAAUGGAGGGGGCGUUUCACGUUUUUAGUUACAAAAUUAAAGUAGAGGUGUUAGUUUGUAUAUGACCUAAAGCAGAGGGCUUGUUUGAUACUCCUUAAAAAUGUGUUACGACUUGUGAGAUAAUCCCUUCCCCACUCGCAGCUUCACAUCAUACCUCAAACCCGGACCGGACCGUCUUUCCGGAGUAGCAGUUGCGGCCGGGAGAACCUCGGCUCCCGCCUGUCCCUGUUCUCCGCUAAAUUUCAUAAACACAGCUUCCAAGUUUGAAUCUUUUGGAUACACGGGGCAGCGGAGACAGCUUUCGGUCGUUGACGAUCUCAUUGAUGCGAAGCGGACUAGUUUGGUUCAUGAAUUGCGAGCUCUUCGUUAAGGAUUCGUUCCGUAGUUCGUAAUUGGCUUGCGGGUUGCGGCAUUGAUUCUUCUGUGGCGCUGUUUGUUUUUGUUGCCGGAAGGUAAGCAUUGUAGCUUGUGUAUCAAUGAGAAGGGUUCAGUUUGGGUUGGCGCCUUCCUCUUGGGUUGUUUAUAAUUUACGGAAGAUGGAUAGAAAGUUUGGUUCUUUUGCCUGCUUACUAAGAUGGGGUGGGACUAGAAUAAGGUAUUGGAUAUGGA